UUGAAGCAGCCAGAGAAGCAUAUGACGCCUUCUUUGGUCACUAUCCAUAUUGUUACGGGUAUUGGAAAAAGUAUGCUGACAUGGAAAAGAGGCAUGGCAACCUUGAAAAGGCAACUGAGGUAUGGUUAAAUGUUUCAGCUUGAAAAUUAUUCUUUUUGAUCACUAAUCAAAAAGGUUUCUGGAAAUCACUUUCAUUGUGAGAGAAUUAUUUGCGACAAAUAUAUCGGUUCGGUUUCCAAUUCAGAUACCUGGAAUGGAAGUGUUUCUUUAAACUGAAGCACAUGUAUAUAAACAAUGUUUUGAUAUCUGUUUGCUGGUUCAGAUCCUGUUAAACAAGGCUUAAUGAACAAAAUGAAGUGAUUUCAGAAAUUUUUUCUGAGAAAAGUGAUGGAAUUGGAUUUCUAAAAGACUACAAUUGAAACUUUUCUUGGUUUGGGAAAGUAGGCUCAAUUUCAUAUUUUGGCUUUGGUAUAAAAAGAAAUGUGACAGAUGGGGAAAUGACUUGGUAUUUUCAGAACAGACAUGGUAAUAAAUGAUUUAUUACUAUAUAUUCCAAAUCCCCAUACACCAACUAAUUACCAGCUUUUCUCAUUAUAUCUAAUAUUCAUUUUUGAUUUUCAUGCCAUCAAUAGUGACCCAGCAGCUGGGUUGGAAUGUAUCAAAAUUUAUAUUUGUAUGUAUUGCAAAAAAAAAACCAUCACUGCAGUGCAUAGCUUCACUACGAAUUCCAACUAAACAUUUCAAGUUUGGGGCAGGGCUUUCAGUUGAUCAAUAUCUCAAGAUUCAGAAUAUAAGUCAAUUACACAUGUCCUUGCAAGCGCUAGUACCAAAAUCAGUUCUGAAGAGUUAAAACAAUAAUCUCCAGGGUUAACUGGAUCGUUGUGGUGACAAGAAAGUUUAAACAGAAAUAUUUUAAGUGAAUGCAUCACUAAAAAAAAAUGAACAUACUUAAUGUCGGUACCUGUAAACUCCUGAAUGUUAGGUGAUAUUUUAGUGUUCCUCUGAGGUGGUGGUUGGUAUAUACCAUAGUACAGGUAAGACAAUCUUUAUUGCAGCUGAGACACCAACAUGUGAGAUCUGGGAUAUGUAUCAAAUAUUGAAUGAAUGACGGAAUUCUAUGGUAUUAUUAUAAUUUUCAUAUGUUGUGACUAUGUACAAUGAAAUCUUCAUUUAUCAUAUAUGGAGUUUGGGAUGAACUGUAUAUUUUGUAGAUUUGAUAUCUUGUCUUCUGCUAAAAUAGAUCAAUAGAGAGUAUACAUGCUAACAAAAUGUAUGAUCAGGAAUGAUUUGCUCUUCUUACAGAGGCUUGCUGCAACAAAACAAUAGGUUGUACAUAAAAUUAAAUUGUAGGUUGAAUGGUGAUUGGUAAUCCCAGGAUAUAGGGACUGAAGUUGAAGGCAAGGUAUUGAAAUAAACAUUUACUGCUUGGGUUAAAAAAGGAGACCUUUGACAGUGAUAAAAUGUUUUUCUUUGCAGAAAUUGAGUAACCAUGACUUUGUCAGUAUUGUGUAAGCUGAUGGGGAUAUGAUUGCUUAAAUUUCCCCCAAAUGUUCUUGGCCCUUUGUUCAUGAGGGAUCUUACAAUCUCUUCCUAGUUGCUCAUCCCAAGCUAGGAACCCAAGACGUCAGCUUGAAGGGGAAACAUGGUCACCACAGCAGAAGAGAAACACAAAAGUUUGUACAUCGCGUUGACUUGCACAGGAAUUUGUUUCCGAUGGUGUUUGACAAAGGAGUUGUGGCGAUUCCACUGAGCAUAGAAUUAUGGCUACAUUAUAUCAACUUUUAUAUAGGCGAAUACACAAGCACAGAACAGGGAGAAUCUGACAUCAGGAAGUUGUAUGAAAAAGCAUUGUCAGCAGCGGGCCAUGAUUUCCGGUCAGACAAGCUGUGGGACUCCUACAUUACCUGGGAGAAGGACAUGAUGCGAGUGACUGAGCUCUACACUCGACUGCUAGCCAUACCAACACAGCUCUAUAGCCACCACUUUGAGAACUUCAAACAGCAUGUUUACAUGCACAAUCCCAAAGAGAUUUUGAGUCUUGAUGACUUCCUGAAGCUACGACAAGAUGUUGUUGCCAAAUCAGCCUCCCCUGAUGAGGAAGAUGAGGAUGCUGUGCCCUCUGGAGAUGUAGCUCCCCCUGGUGAGGAGGAUGUCCCUCCCGGUAUGGAAACAGACGGAGGAAAGGGAGAUGAAGCAGAAAUAAACAAGAUAAAGGAGAGAAUUAUACAAAUUCAGGAGGAAACUUUCAAAAAGACAGAGGAGGAAGUCAGCAAAAGGUGGAAUUACGAGGAGGCAAUAAAAAGGCCAUACUUCCAUGUGAAACCAUUAGAGCGCUCACAACUGAAAAACUGGAGAGAAUAUUUGGACUAUGAAAUGCAGAAUGGGGACUACAAAAGGGUUGUGACACUGUUUGAACGUUGCAUGAUUGCCAGUGCUCUCUACGAAGAUUUCUGGAUGAAGUAUGCAAAGUAUAUGGAGGACCAUGGGGCAGAAGGUGUGCGCAAUGUCUACACUCGAGCCUGUAAAAUACAUCUGCCAAAGAAACCCUACAUCCAUCUUGCCUGGGCAGCAUUUGAAGAGCGACAGGGAAACCACUCGUCUGCAUGGGAGAUUCUAGCUAAUCUGGACAAGGUCGUCCCUGGCUUAGUGAUGGUAUCCAUGAGAAGGAUAAGCCUCGAGAGGAGGACUGGUAGUAAGGAAGAUGCUGAGGCCCUAUUCCGUGACUACAUCGAGAAUGCCUCACUGCCAGAAAUCGGCUCCUACUUCUCCAUCAAGUAUGCUCGCUAUCUCUUUAAGAUUUGUGGAGAGCGGGAGCAGGCCAGAAAAGUAUUAACAGAUGCCAUUGAAAAAGACAAGGGUAACCUGAAGCUGUAUCUCCAACUGAUCGACCUUGAGUACCAGAACUAUCCGGUCCAGGAGGAUAAGCUUACUGAGGUAUUUUCUAUGAUCCUGGAGUGUGAAAACUUCCCCUUAGAAACCAAAGUUAAGAUGUCACAGAGAAAACUGGAGUUCUUGGAAGAUUUUGGAGGCGCAAUAUCAAAAUUAAAGGAAGCCUAUGAUGAACAUCAGAAACUAAUGAAAGAUUUACAUGCAGAGCGUAAAAAGAGGCCUCAUGAACAGACCGGCCAUUCACAUGAGGAACCUUCAGAGAAGAGAAGUAAGCCAGAAACUGUACAGAAUGGAGCGGGUGAUAUGAGUGUGCCACCACAGGACACAGGUCAUACAAAUUAUCCUUAUCAUUGGGGAGGAUACCAGAAUUCGGGAUACAAUUACGCACCACAGUGGGGUGGACACUAUGGAGCGGGCUAUCACCAUGGCGGCUAUCACCAUCAGUCCUGACAGACGACACCACAAUCCUACAGCCAGUCGAUGAUGAGGAUAUAAAGGUCCUUACCUCUUAUGGGUGUUACCGAGGGAACAUAAUGUCUGGAGAGACAAAAAUAGACUCUUAGAAACAAUGUAAUAUGUGACCAAUGAAAUGUGUCUGAUAGUAAUUCCAGGUCAUUCAAGAGAAUUUGAGACGUAAGAUCAUGUUAGCAAAUGUGUGGAGAUAAUGCAAUAUUCCGGUGAUUUUGAGAUUUGAAUACUUUCAUAAAGUAACUUUUUAAUUGCAGUCAACAAUGUACAUCAGUUAUGUAUUAAUGAAAUUGCUGGUUGGAUAAUUGAUGAGAUGGUUGGUAUGUAUUGAUGAAGUUACUCGGUGGAUAAUUGAUGUGAUGAUAUGCUAAAACACUACACUAUUUCUCACUUCAUAGUAAUUAGUUUGUGUUUUGUCUAUAGUGUAAGGUCUCCAACUUCUUAAAGAAAGUUAAGUAUUGCAUACUACUCCAUAAUUAGUCUGCCAUCACUAACAAUACACAGAGCAUUUAAUUUUUAAUUUUGUAAGGGCUUCUCAUUGUCAAAGUUCUUUUUGAGUUGCCAUUUGGACAAGAGUGUGGUCAUCAGUUGUGAUAAAAAAAAUUGUGUACCUAUAUAAAUUCUUAAAACUAGUAUUCGGAGCAUCAGUUGUGUUAGGUACCUGUAUCUUCAUAAAAGACCUAAAUGAACUCAUCAAAGUUUCUUAAAUGUAAUGUUCCCACAAGUUUUCUAAACAAGACACGGACCAUAAUCUCUAUGAAAAGAUCCAAUUUCAAUGAUUUUCUUCAUUCGUUUGAUAUCUGAUAACAGCCAUAUGAUGGUGAAGGCCUACCUAUAUUUACUCAGAACAACAAGAUCAUAUCCUUAUUGAUAAGUUACCUUGAUUUGUGCAAGGAUUACCUGGUAACUAUAGUCAUAUUUAUCAGCCCAGUUUGAUGCCAUCUACAAACAACUUUGGUUUUCUAUUUCCAGGUAAAUUAUUUUCUCCCUCGUGUCACAGGAGCAUUAAUAGUUCUCUAGGAGAAUUAGGGCUAUAGCAACUAUUUUUGUAAUAACAGAGAGAAAAAUAGCUUCACCUGUUAGAUGGGAAAAUUUAGUUAUAGAAUUGAACUUUUUAGAUGAGAUGAUUGUGAAUGUCUGGUCACUAAGGGGAGAUGAUUCUGUUAUGUAUUGCUUGGGUAAAUAUUAGAAUGAAAAAGUUUUAUCUAGUCCUACUUAUAUAGCUUGACCAUCAUCAGAUGGACAGCAGUUCAAAUUUCUUAGAUCUGUUGUCAUUUGUCAAACAAUUCUUUUUAUGGCCAUUUCUCAAAGAAUACAGAAUUAAUCUUUAAUUUUAUACGUAGUAAUCACAUAGACAUUCGUAUAUGACAACCAGUGUACGAUUUGAGUGUAAGUUUUGGUGACUACACUAUUAGGCUACACUCUAUUUUAACGUUGUCAUAGAUGUUUGGGAGUCUGGGCCCUAUAUAUAACCUGGUCAUAGAUAUCAAGAUUCUGGUCCCUAUUUAUAACGGGGCCAUAGAUGUCCGAGAGUCUGAGCCAUAUUUAUAAUCUGGCCAUAGAUGUUCGAGAGUCUGAGCCAUAUUUUUAAUCUGGCCAUAGAUGUUCGAGAGUCUGAGCCAUAUUUUUAAUCUGGCCAUAGAUGUUCGAGAGUCUGAGCCAUAUUUAUAACGGGGUCAUAGAUGUUCGAGAGUCUGGGCCAUAUUUAUAAUCUUGCCAUAGAUGUUUGGGAGUCUGGGCCCCCUUGUCUUGGUUUAGAACUUCGUAGAUUCUUUCUAAAGAUCGCUUUGGGAUUUUCAAUUUCUUUUAUUUGAGACUCUAAUAGAAAGUGCUGAUUUGAAAACAUUGUAUAUGCAAAUAAAAACAAUUCAAUUUAUCCUUGUGUGGUAGGACACAGCAGUUUAACAUUACAAGGUAACUGACCACUUAGAGGAAAUUUUGUAGAUCAUGCUAUGUUAGGAAUUCCAAGGUCCGAGGUAAAUUCAUCGGCUGUGGACGAUAUUACUAUUAGUGUGUAUGGUGUGUGGGAUCAGACCUAAUGUUAUGUUGUAUAAGUACAACGCCUUGUUGAUGUUACAGAAACAGUUGGAUUUUGAUUAUUGUACUUUUGAAUAAAUUCAACAAAUUUUUCAAAGUG